ACUGUCUGCGCAGAAUUGCACGCCACGACGAACUACAAUUCUCCAAAGAUAGCAUUGUAAAUAUGAUGGAGAAAUUUGUCAAAACUGUAAAUAUAAUGGAUGACACAAUCUUGGUUCCAUGCAGGCUCAUGGAUCGACAGGUUGGUGACAGCAGUGAUAUUAUACCAGCACCUGGUAAAGACUCAACUUCGAAUCAACAUACUUUCAAUUCAAUUACUAACGGAAAACGCAGUGUUGCACAAUCUAAAAAUGUACAUGAAUUCUUGACAUCAUCGGAGCUCUUCAAUUUGUACAAUAUGCUGAAUUCCUUGAAAAAUGAUCUUUUAUGGACUGGUAAAGACAAUAGCGAAGAAGAGGAAGAUCCAAUAACUAAUGUUCAAAAUAAAAUAAAUGAACUCAAUAAGGGCGCUAGACUCAGCCCAGAGUCAGAGCCAAAGACUGAUAACUCAAAUACAGAAGUAGCUACAAAUGCCACCAAUACCACAACAACAGUCGCAAGUACAACAAUCACAAAAGGUCAUAUACGUCGCCCUUCAACCGCUUCUGUAACGUCAACAGCUUCAGGUAGUAAUAUCAGCGAUUCGGAAAGUGAAGUUUCAAAUGAAAAUGAUUCUGGUGUUGAAUCAGAAGUAAAUAAAGCCAGUUCAAUUAGCAGCAGUGAAGAUUUAUGCGCACAGAAAAAGAAGGCCGCAAAUGCAGAUAAAGCUACCGAACUUGCGCAACGUUGUAAAAGACAUUUAAAUGGUCUCUAUCAAUGUCUAGAACAAAUGACAGAGGCGGCAAAUUAUUUAACCGCCAGAUACCAAAGUGAUAUUGGACCCGUCUAGGGACCAACUUUUAUAAUGGGCGGGAUCAAAAUGUGGGUUUCUACGGUAAUAGGGAAGGUGGGAAGAAAAUGUAAGAAAGCAGAUAUAAUUUUGUGUAGGGUAAGAUCGUAGUUAGCCAUUAGGUAAGAUCUAUAACGAUGAAAAAAUACAAAGUAUAAAAAAAAAAUCAAAAAAAAUAAAAAAAAAUGUAUGUAAUUUAAGUGGAAAAAUGUUAAUUGUUUCUGUAUUUGUGUUUGUAAACACUAUUCAAGCCUUUGUCAUAUAAAACUUGCGUUAAAAUCAAAGGUCAAAGCACAGCACAAUUAGCACUUGUUGUAAGAAAAAGCUUAGAAAACAGCAGUAACGAUAACAAGUUUAUCCAGCAUAAAUACUACAUCACAAAAAAAAAAA